AGCCGUGAUCAUGAGUAAUAACAAGACAAGAGGCUUCAGCCUCAACAAGCACCUCUCCCGGGCCUCCAAGUGGGUCGCUGGCCGGACCCAAAGCCCCUCCGCAGAUGGCUGCUGCCUCAGCGCAGUGCCAUCGGGGCCAUGCACGACCAAUCCCAUGUCGAAGCUCCUCUCCUGGUGCCAUGGCCUGACGAGCAAGAGGACCAAGUUUUUAUGCUUGGGCAAGCCCGUCGGUUCAGGUUACAUGCCCGCGGGUCAAGACCCGGUCGAGGAAAGACCAGCUGCGAAGACGGUGCCUAAGGGUCACUUGCCUGUGUACGUGGGUCGAAGGAGCGGCGAAUUUUGCCGAGUUUUAGUGCCUGUGGUUUACAUCAAUCACCCGCUGUUUGUGGACUUACUGAGAGAAGCCGAGGAGGAGCUCGGGUUCAGUCACCGAGGAGGGGGAAUCACUAUACCUUGCGAGGUUUCAGAGUUCGAGAGAGUGAAGAGCCAGGUUGCCGCUGCCGCUGCCGCCGGGAACUGUGGCCGGAGGAGCACUUGGAAGAAGCGCCAUUUGGGGAAGGAUCUGGAGACAUUGAGCACCAAAUAUAUAUGA